GGAACCGUGAUCAGCAGGGCGCUGGGCAGCGAUGGCCAACAGACAGCCCGCAGCCCCUGGCAGGGCCCUGGCUCCAGCACCUCCAGCUUCAGGCUGCCGUGAUCACGCCCAAGUAGCAGGACAUGAUGCCACCACCCCCGCCCUCUCCGCCACGGCCACCUACUGAGACACCCAGAUAGAGCCUGGGCCCUGUGGUGGCAGUGGCCACCCAUGCUCGCAGUGGGCACUGCCAUGGAUGGGGAGUGUCCCCAGCCGGAGCCCCCGCCCGGGGCCAGCGUCCUGUACGGCCGGCCCCCUCUGCAGGCCCCACUCUGCGGCUCUAGUGUUGAGAACACCAUGCUGCACUACCCAUGGUGGGAGAGCUACUUUCCAUCAGCACCAUACCCGGCCUUCCCCAGCGACAGCCACCAGUUUGGGACUUCUGUCUCCUACUUGUACCCAGCUGUGGGAGGUCAACCUGGCCCGGAUACCAGCUAUGUCUCUACCUAUGACCGCAGCUACCUACCAAAGAGCAGCCACGUCCCUCAGGACUCUUCGUGCCUCGACGAGCUCUCCAAUGCCUCCUUCCUGUCCUCAUCCGUGGACUCCCUCUCGGACAUUGUGGACACGGCCGACUUCCUGCCCGCCGACGGCCUCAGCCAGGUGCCCACCAUCUGGGAUGUGAGCACUGCCUCGCCUGCCCAAGACAAGCUUUUCCUGCCUAGCGGGCCAUUCCCAGGCCUCCAGGACUCCGUGUCCACCCUCCCUGCCACUCCACUCCUCAUCAGCUACCAGUCGCAGAGCCAGCCCGAGGACGAGGAGGAGGCUGAGGAGGAGGAGACAGAGGAGUUGGGUCACACGGAGACCUACGCUGACUACGUGCCCUCCAAGUCCAAGAUCGGGAAGCACCACCCAGACCGUGUCGUGGAGACCAGCACCCUGUCAAGCGUGCCCCCACCCGAUGUCACAUACAUGCUGGCCCUGCCUGUCUGCACCCUGGACAGUGGGGCACUGUCUGCCCUGCAGCUGGAGGCCAUCACCUAUGCCUGCCAGCAACAUGAGGUCCUGCUCCCCAAUGGACAGCGGGCUGGCUUCCUCAUCGGUGACGGGGCUGGUGUGGGCAAGGGCCGCACAGUGGCUGGCAUCAUAUUCGAGAACUACCUGAAGGGCAGGAAGAAGUCCCUGUGGUUCAGCGUUUCCAAUGAUCUCAAGUACGACGCGGAGCGUGACCUGCGGGACAUUGAGGCCCCCAGCAUCCCUGUGCAUGCACUCAGCAAGAUCAAAUACGGCGACAACACUGCCUCCGAGGGCGUCCUCUUUGCCACCUACUCUGCGCUCAUCGGAGAAAGCCAGGCUGGCGGGCAGCACCGCACACGCCUCCGGCAGAUCCUCGAGUGGUGCGGGGCCGCCUUCGACGGGGUCAUCGUAUUUGACGAGUGCCACAAAGCCAAAAACGCCAGUUCCACCAAGAUGGGCAAAGCCGUGCUGGACCUGCAGAGCAAGCUGCCCCUGGCCCGGGUCGUCUAUGCCAGCGCCACAGGGGCCUCGGAGCCACGGAACAUGAUCUACAUGAGCCGCCUGGGCAUCUGGGGUGAGGGCACGCCUUUCCGUACCUUCGAAGAGUUUCUCCACGCCAUCGAGAAGAGGGGCGUGGGCGCCAUGGAGAUCGUGGCCAUGGACAUGAAAGUCAGCGGCAUGUACAUCGCACGCCAGCUCAGCUUCUCCGGGGUUACCUUCCGCAUUGAGGAGAUCCCGCUGGCCCCCGCCUUUGAGCGCAUCUAUAACCGCGCGGCCCUGUUGUGGGCCGAAGCCCUGGGCAUGUUCCAGCGGGCAGCCGACUGGAUCGGCCUGGAGUCACGCAAGUCCCUGUGGGGCCAGUUCUGGUCAGCUCAUCAGCGCUUCUUCAAGUACCUGUGCAUCGCAGCCAAAGUGCGCCGCCUGGUAGAGCUGGCACGCCAGGAGCUGGCCCGGGACAAGUGCGUGGUGAUCGGGCUGCAGUCUACAGGCGAGGCGCGGACCCGAGAGGUGCUGGACGAGAACGAUGGGCACCUGCACUGCUUCGUCUCAGCCGCAGAAGGUGUCUUCCUCUCGCUCAUCCAGAAGCACUUCCCAUCAGCCAAGAGGCGGCGCGAGCGAGCUGCAGGCGCCAAGCGGAAGCGGCGGCCGCGGAGCCGCGCCGUCAAGACGCCCCGGCUGCUGUGCGAAGUGGCUGGCGUUAUCCGAAUCAGCGACGACAGCAGCACAGAGUCAGACGCCGGCCUGGACAGCGACUUCCACUCCUCCCCUGAGUCCCUGGCCGAUGACGAUGUAGUCAUUGUAGAGGCGCUAGGCCUCGCUGUUGAAGACAGAGGCCCCCUGUGCCCCCCACAGCGGGACGUGCAGGGUCUAGGCGUGCUGGAGCGCGUGCAGCGCCUGAAGCAGGAGCUGUUGGCCAAGGUGCGAGACCUGGGUCGGGACCUGCCGGUAAACACCCUGGAUGAGCUCAUCGACCAGCUCGGGGGCCCCGAAGCCGUGGCUGAGAUGACUGGCAGGAAAGGACGGGUGGUGUCCAGGCCCAAUGGGACAGUAGUCUUCGAGUCCCGGGCAGAGCAGGGCUUGUCCAUUGACCACGUCAACCUCAGGGAAAAGGAGCGCUUCAUGAGCGGCGAGAAGCUCGUGGCCAUCAUCUCAGAGGCGUCCAGCUCGGGCGUGUCCCUCCAAGCGGACCGCCGGGUGCAGAACCAGAGGCGGCGUGUCCACAUGACGCUCGAGCUGCCCUGGAGCGCAGACCGUGCCAUCCAGCAAUUCGGCCGCACUCACCGGUCGAACCAGGUCUCCGCACCCGAGUACGUGUUCCUUAUUUCGGAGCUGGCAGGCGAGCGGAGGUUCGCCUCCAUCGUGGCCAAGCGCCUGGAGAGCCUGGGGGCUUUGACCCACGGAGAUCGCCGUGCCACCGAGUCCCGAGACCUGAGCAAGUACAACUUCGAGAACAAGUACGGUGCACGGGCCCUGCACUGCGUGCUCACCACCAUCCUGAGCCAGACUGAGAACAAGGUCCCCCUGCCCCUGGGCUACCCUGGAGGGGAUGCAGCCUUUUUCCGGGACAUGAAACAGGGCCUGCAGUCUGUGGGCAUCAGUGGCCGAGAAUCCAGGUCAGGCUGCCUGGAUGUGGAGAAGGACUGCUCCAUCCCCAAGUUCCUGAACCGCAUCCUGGGCCUGGAGGUGCACAAGCAGAACGCACUCUUCCAGUACUUCUCCGACACCUUCGAGCACCUCAUUGCCGCCGACAAGAAGGAGGGCAAAUACGACAUGGGCAUCCUGGACCUGGCCCCGGGCGUGGAUGAGAUCUACGAGGAGAGUCAGCAGGUAUUUCUGACCCCUGGCCACCCCCAGGACGGCCAGGUGGUGUUCUACAAGAUCAGUGUGGACCGCGGCCUGCGUUGGGAGGAGGCUUUCGCCAAGUCCCUGGAACUGACUGGCUCCCAUGACGGCUUCUACCUCUCUUACAAGGUCCGAGGCAACAAAACCAGCUGCCUGCUGGCCGAGCAGGACCGCGGCAAGCACUUCACUGUAUACAAGCCCAACAUCGGCCGGCAGAGCCAACCGGAGACCCUGGACGGCCUCUGCCGCAAGUUCCACAGGGUCACAGCUGAGGAGGCCCAGGAGCACUGGGAGAGCAGCUACGCCUUCUCGCUGACCCACUGCAGCCACGCGGCCUGGAACCGGCCCUGCCGACUAGUCCAGGACGGCAAGGACUGUGUGCAGGGCCUGCGCCUGCGCCACCACUACAUGCUGUGCGGGGCCCUGCUGCACGUGUGGGGCCGCAUCGCAGCCGUCAUGGCCGAGGUCACCAGCAGCAGCUACUUGCAGAUCGUGCGCCUCAAGACCAAGGACCAGAAGAAGCAAGUUGGCAUCAAGGUCCCCGAGGGCUGCGUGCGUCGCGUGCUGCAGGAGCUGCAGUUGAUGGAUGCUGACGUCAAACGCAAACGCCAGCGCCAGCGCAGCCUGGGCCUCCCUGCACCACCCCCGCCCACCUUGCCCCGCCCUCUGGCCCUACCCUGCGGGCCUGGCGAGGUGCUGGACCUGACCUAUAGCCCGCCAGCUGUGCCCUUCCCGCCCGUGCCCCGCUUCACCUACCCUCCAUUGCCCACUGAAAUGCCCCCUGCCCCCGGCCUGCUGCUGGGUGCCCCCGAUCCCACAGCGCCCCCAGACCCAGUGGACAUGCCACAGCACGGCUGUGACAUCAACUUCAAGGAGGUGCUGGAGGACAUGUUGCGCUCCCUGCAGACCGUGCCAGCUGCGGUGCCCCCCGGCCCAGCUGCAGCAGGGGUUGGCGGGGGUCCAGAGCGCCAGAGUGUUAUCCAAUUUGGGCCACCCUUCCCCAACUCCUAGGCGAGCACACAGCCCCGACCUGGGGCACUUUCAGAGGCCUAUUUAUGUGUCCACAUGUCCCUCCCCUCGGCCAGUGUACAGGGCAGUGGUCCUCUUCAACCAGAGGCAGGGAGCUGCUGCCCACCCAACCAGCCCCACAGGGCCCCCACUUCAGUGCCUUCCCAGGCUGACCCUCCAAGGGCCAGCACAUGUGGACAUGCCCCUUACCCCCAUGGGUCUGUCAGGGAUUCCCCAGGCCACCCUGCUCAGGAUUAGGGGUAGGUGCGCAAGGGGUCAGGCAGGCCCUGGGGGUUGGGGCCCAGGACCCUCUGUGCCUCUUCUCUCCUGACCCCCCCAACCCGGAGGGCAGGCACCCUGACCAGGGGGCUCCCUGCUCAACCCACCAAUGGCCACACCCGUCAAACUGGGUGGUCCAAGAGCUGGAGACUCAGGAAACCCCAGGUGCUCAGGGUCAAGGCUCCGGGGGCCCCCCCAUUAAUAUAUGCAAUGCCCCCAGCCUCUCACUCCCUAAGUUAUUGCAUUGCCCCGCUGCUCUCCAGGCCUGGAAGCCCCUGGGGGCGGGGCCUUCUAUCAGAGUGUAUUUAUAAGUCCCAUGUACAUAUGUAAAGAGAGUUUUAAAUAUACAUCCUUUUGAUUA